AUGGGUCGGAGGAGGGGCAAGGCUCCUACACGAGACAGGGGAGGCGACAGAAACACAGCGCGGAGCAGCGGGCGGGCACUGGAGGGUUUGGACUUCAUCGAAGGCCUCGCGGGCCCGGGACCCGGGGGCGAGAAGUUCGUUGCCCACAAAGAGUGGACGAAAGAACCAUUCGCCGAUGACUUCGACGACGAAGACCUGGAGUAAUGUGGGGGCCACUCGUGACAGGUUGAUGACGGCACACAACAGCAGCAACGACCACAACAACUUUUGAUUUUUGGGUGGGAGUACGGUGGUCCGGCCGGGGAAACAAGCGGCUAGGAAGCCAAAAGUUUUUCGUGUGGUGGCAACGAUUGGAAACGAACGCGUUGUUUUGCGCGGGUAGCCUCUGUUGUCGCAAACGACAGCUUGCUGGGCGAGAGGGUGCAGUCCCUUACAACAUGCAUGCAGGAGAUAGAGGCAAGGGUAGGGUUGGACGUGUUUAGACGGUGGGUAUGGACGUCUACGACCGAAUCGUUUGUGUUCAGCGAACGCUCAAGAGUAUGGAAAGAACGAACGCACGCACUGGAUGACGUGAAUCAACCUUCAGC